GCUGCGCACACGCACCAAGGUGCUGGUGGAGACACGCUGCCUGACGCGCACACACCCCACUCAGGACUCCGUACCACGCAACUCGGACACAAAUGGAUAUUUCCGUGGCUUUGUUAUACCUCGUCCUUUUUUCCAAACCAGCUUUGGCUUUUGGGUCGGAUCAAGACUACCAGAUUGAUAUCAUCAAUGAAUUUGAUUUGGCAAAUGCCACCUAUGGAAUUACCCAAGUGGCGGGACUUCACAACAGCAGCAAGGCCUUCAUUUUCCGAGAUGUUGGGAGAGCAGUUCAAGCACCGGCGCACAUUACAGAGAAAGUCAUGCAGCUAUUCAAGAGGAAAAGUGAAUUCACCUUUUUGGCCUCCAUCCAGCAGAAGUCCUCGACAUCCGGCGUCAUAUUCUCCAUCCAUGAGUCAGAACACAGCUACUUUGAACUGGAGAGCAGCGGCGUUCGAGAGGAGAUCCGUUACCACUACCGCUUCAAGGGCAAGCCCCGCUCCGAGUCCUUCCCCUACCGCCUUGCCGACGGCCAGUGGCACAAAAUUGCCCUCACUAUAAGCUCCUCCCAUCUACUCUUGCACGUCGAUUGUAACAGAUCGCCCGUGAGCACACGAAUGGUUUUCCCACCGUCUCCGCUCUCCCUCUCGCUCGUGCUCCGACUGCCAAUUCUCCACCACCAACAACUCUCCUCUCUCCUUCCCGACGGCUGCCUUUAA